CCACCUGGUCAUUGCCUUACAGGACAGUGCGAUUAUCAAUGAGGAUAAUUUGCCCAUGUUCCAUCAGUGUGGAAUCAUGGCCCUGGUUGCAGCGUACCUCAACUUUGUAAGUCAGAUGAUAGCUGUCCCUGCAUUUUGCCAGCAUGUUAGCAAGGUUAUUGAAAUUCGAACUAUGGAAGCCCCUUAUUUUCUACCAGAGCAUAUUUUCAGAGAUAAGAGCAUGCUUCCAAAAUCUUUAGAGAAACAUGAAAAAAAUUUGUAUUUCCUGACCAACAAGAUUGCAGAGUCGCUGGGAGGAAGUGGAUACAGCGUGGAGAGGCUGUCAGUUCCAUACGUACCACAGGUAACAGAUGAAGAUUGGCUUUCCAGAAGAAAAAGCAUUGUAGACACUGUGUCUAUUCAGGUAGAUAUUUUACCGAACAGCAUUCCUCCUGAUGACGUGGCUAAUAAUACUGAAGAAAUCACAUUUGAAGCAUUGAAGAAAGCAAUUGAUACCAGUGGGAUGGAAGAACAAGAAAAGGAAAAGAGACGUCUUGUCAUAGAGAAAUUCCAGAAAGCACCUUUUGAAGAAAUAGCAGCACAGUGUGAAUCCAAAGCAAAUUUGCUUCAUGAUAGACUUGCUCAAAUAUUGGAGCUCACCAUACGUCCUCCUCCCAGUCCAUCAGGAACACUGACAAUUACUUCUGGGCAUGCCCAAUACCAGUCUGUCCCAGUGUAUGAGAUGAAGUUUCCAGAUCUGUGUGUGUACUGAGUGACCCAGGAAGACCUCAACAUAGGAUUUUAAAGCUUAAAAUUAAGGCCAAGUUGAGUUUUCAGGGUUUACUUAAUGCAUAUUAACAUACUUGUUGAAAAUAAUGAUGGAACUUAUCUUUAACCAAAUGCUUAGCAUAUCAUAUAAGAAGUUUUGGAACUAUAUAUGAUUUAGAGUACUUUUGAAUUUAGACUUAUACCAUGUAAUUUGUUUUGAGGUUCCUUUUGACAUUUAAAGUUGAAUAUGUAUUGGUCUCACAUUAUUCCAUUGUUAAAUGGUGUAUUUUAUUCUUUUCAGAAACGUUAACUUUUUGUAAAAAGUAAGCCUCCAGAGGAUUGAAAAUGUGUAAAGUGUCUACUGUAUUUCUUAAAUGUCAACAGAACUGUUUAGAAAUAGAAUUGCUUUUGACUUUGGUUAUCUUCAAAAGCAAAUACAUACAAUUAUAUUCCUGAUCCUGGGGCUGCAAAACUGUCCUGUGGCUUUCUGUUCCCAUGCUGACUUAGGUAAGUGGUGACAAGCAUCCUUGUAGUCAUUUCCUGUGAUAACAUGGGGUAGCUAUUCCUUAAUGUGUUUACAGUAAUGACAUCUUGUGGAAUAGUUUCCUAGAACAUGACCCUAAGAAUCGCCAUACUAAAGCAUCUGGUUCUUGUAAUACUGUGUGGUUUUGCUAAAAAUUUGACCAUUCUUCUUGAGAGGCUUAGAGCUUGCUCUUGGAGUACCGAACUGUGCAAUAUUUUUUUAUAUCAUAAGAUGUAUUCAUUUACAGGCCAUGCUUUGAAUAGUAUUUUGAAUAGUAUUUUGCUGUGGCUUCAUUGAUUAUAUGAUAUAUAUAAAUAUAUAUAUAUAUAUAUUUAGUAUAGGAAAAAAAAGACAUUUAAAACAGCCACUAGUUCACCUGUGAGGAGUUUAUACAUUUGAUUUCUGUUAGGAGCACAUGAAUUUAUAGUUUUAUAUUGUGCAUUGGUUUAAAUACUCAUGGUCAAAAAUUCUUCAAAUCGACUUUUAAUUUGUGAGCUUCUUUUGAUUUUCGCUAUCAGGAUCACAGGUGUACCCUAUACAUGUACUGAUGGACAUGAAACUAGGUACAUUUUAGUGAAUUGCAUCACAUUGUAAAAAUGAACAAUUCUCUUUCCAACUCUAAUAAAAUUCUCUUAGGACAUUUUUAUAAAAUCACCUGUUUAUAGUUGUACUGCUUUUUCAGAUUCAAUUUCUUCUUACAUAUCAAAAAUUGUACCUCAAAAUAUAAUUCAGUUUUGGUUUUUGUUUGAAAAAUCACCAUGAAGAAUGGAAUGUUUUAACUUUGUUCUAUAGUUAUUUGGUCAUCAUUAGUAGAAGCAGAAAAAAAAGUGAGGAAAUGAUAAUGGAAUACUUGAAAAUUGUUGAAUAUUUAAACCAAAGGGCAACCAAUUGAAAAGAAUAGUUAUUUUAAGCUGGAAACUGACACUAAAACAGUGGAUUAACUGUCAGUGCACAAGACUUGUGUUCAGAGCAACAGUACAGUCACCACUGGAGGACUAGAUGGCCCUGUUGUCACUGUCACUGCCUCUGAUCAAAUAAAAUGCUUCACCAGUUAAUAAGUCAAAGUUUAUGUUAUGGUUUUUCUUUUUACCUUUUGUAUUUCUAAAGAAGGAUGUGAAUUCCUGACUGUACAUUUAAAAAGUCUAAGCAGGGGGACAUGCAGAACAAUCAUCAUCCACUUGGAUGCCAUUUUAUAGAUCAACACUGUGUGCUUUUGUAUGAAGAUAUAUAAAUUUCAUAGUUUAAGAAAAGAUAUAUAUUAAUUUGCUUUCAUGCAAAACAUAAACUUUGCUCUAUAAAAUUUACCAUUUCAAGGUGAUUUAGAAAUGCACGUGCUGCAUGCAUAGGAAAACCAUCACAGUUCAUGUUUGUCACUUUUCUCUUGGUCUUUGUAAACUGUUGACUUGGGUUUUUUGGGAUUUUUGUUGAUGUUGUUUUUGAAUCACAGAAGAUUACAUAAACCUUGGAUCACUGAACUGGUCUUGUUGACAAGGAUUCCCGAGAUAUGGAUCUUUUCUCUGGUGACCUACCAUGUCUGUAGGAGGUUCUCCGGAGACUAGGAGAGCAUACUGUAUUGUAGCCAGUUCAGACAAUGAAAGCUAGGAUUUGCUGAAGUUCACUGUCUUGCUCUAUUUUUGUAGUAUAUAAAAUUCA